AUGGGUCGCAGCCUCAUCGACCGCAUCCAGGCUAAGCUUGAGUUUUUCCGCCUCGAGCAGCACUACACUCGCCGACGCCACCGCCGCUCGACAUUCGUCUCCAACGCCGUCUACGUCGACGGCGAGUACGUCUACCAGACCCCCAACAGCACCGGCUCCUCGACCGACUCGAGCCUUGCACGCACCGACGCCCUCCACGGCGAGAAAGUCGGCGCCGCCAAGUCCAACAUGGCCAGCGACAUGCCCAGCCCACUCAUCGACAACGAGCCCGUCGCUGCCAUGCCCCAACGCAAGCGUCUCAACCGUUUUAGCUCCAUGCCUUCGUUCAACGGCAGCAUCGCCACCACGCAGACUUCAGCCAGCGACCGACGACGUAGUGCCGUCCAAUGGCUCGACAAGAAGUGGUGA